ACUGAAUUCUAAAAUCUGCUGCUUCGUGUAAAAUUGUGAAGAUAAAGUUUAAAUAUCGUUUAUUUUGCAAUAAAUAUGUUUUACAAUGAUAGAUAAUGUUUUUUCGUGUUUUAUGGUUGAAAUACAAAGUAUCUUCUAAGUGAACUGAAACAAACUUUAAGAAUCUUUAAUAAUGGAGGAUCUCAAUUUGACAGAGACUGAGAUGAGAUAUUUUGGUGAUUUGUUUUUAUGUUGCGACGAAGAGUCCAACGGGAAAAUCCCAAUCCUAAAAGCAACAGAACUUUUUAGGUCGUCUAACAUACCAAAUGAUGUUCUCAAGCAGAUUAUGGAUUUAAGUGUGUCGCCUAAUAAUAGUUCGUCUCUUAAUCAUAUGAACAGAAAGCAAUUUUAUUCGGCCUUAAAACUUAUAGCAGCUCAUCAAUCAAAUAUAUCAUUAAAACCAGAACUUUUAUUAACACCUUUGGAUCUACCCCUUCCAAGGUUUACAUGGGCCUUAAACUCGGAUGCAAAUUCAGAUUUAAUACAGUUAUCCAAUUCCCCUAAAGAGCAGCAUAUAUCAAAGAGAGAGCGAACCUUUGUAGAAAGGACUCUAGGUGCUUAUGAGCCAAUAAGAGUUUCAUCUAAUUUAUCUGAUAGUGACAUUCCUCAAACGCUAUUACAUGAUACUGCUGAAGUACUAAGUACAGACUCGGAGAUAGAAUCUGAAACAAUGUCACAAAGUGGUUCAAUUGGGAGAAGAGGUAAAACGGGGUCUCCAUGGAGUACAGCUAGUGAAAGUCCUACUCCAACCAACAGUGUAGCUGAAAGGGUCCACCCAGUGUGGGAACACAGUGCAACUGGGCGUGGUGUAUGGCCUACAAAUACUGCCGAGGAACAUACUAGGCUCCUAGGUACAGAAGAGGAUUCCUCUGACCGUCACUCCUCAGAGGAGGAUGGGGAAGGCGAGGCAAGUGGUGAUGACGUGUUUGCGAUAAGUCCUGCGCAGGCGUCACAUUAUGCGGCACAGUUUGCGCAACUGCGGCCUGAACGCGGCUUGCUGUCGGGACCUAUUGCUAGAAUGUUUUUCGAAAAGUCACGGCUGUCGGUUCCAGAUUUACGAAAGAUCUGGCAACUCGCUGAUAUUACCAAAGAUGGAAUGUUGACUCUUGAGGAGUUUAGUAUUGCCAUGCAUCUCAUUAUUUUGAGGAGGAACAAUAUCCCAGUGCCAGAUGUUUUGCCACCACGCCUCGUACCAAAAGUUGACUCACAUUUCUCGCAACAAUCGGUUACAACAGAUCUGGUUGACCUGGGUGCUGAUAUGUUUAACUCUGGUACCUCUGCCGAUUUCAAUUUUGCAAAACCAGAAGUCAACGAUCCAUAUGAAAGUAAACCAAAAAAAUCAGAAGAGAGACAACCUUCACUUUCACCAAAACCAGAACCUCAAGUGAACAAUAAAGAAUGGACCAAAUUUGUUGACUCGCCCACGUUCAGUGUUUCUAGUCCCGGCCCCAAACCAGUCAACUUUGACUUCCAAAAGUCCGCAUUAGAGAGAGAUCCAAAAAUCUAUCACCCCGUUGCAUUAAGAGUGACUCCGGAAGCGAAUACAAUUCCACACGAAGAUUUAAGAUCUAGCACUUCCCCACGAAGGGACGAUAUAUCUCACGCCUUCGAACUCUCGAGUCCGAAACGAAAUUCCAACGACCAAUCUAAUGGUAGCGAAAUCAAGUCCAUUCAGCGUCCUCAACCGAAGAAACCAGUGAAAAGUGCCGGUGUCUUGCCUCCUCCGCCCGCUAGAGAAUCUUCCGUUCACGCAGAAGACGGCCCGCAGUCGUUGCAAUAUGCACCUAAGAAGGAUCCACCUCCGCCACCGCCACCCAGACCUAUCAGAAACCAUACUCGUUCCAGUUCUCUGGAUUUAAACCGGUUCAAAGGUGCCGCGCCCCCUCCGCAGCCGCCUCCUCGAAUGUCCCCUUCGGCAACGACACCCACCCGUCGCUUAGUGAAUCAGAAAAGUGAAGAACCCAGCUUUCCGCCUGAUGCGUUCAGUAAGAGUGAAGAACCCAACUUUCCUCCUGAUGCGUUCGGGGAGACCUACGGCUACGAAGCGCCAAAAAUGCACGGGGCGUUCGAAGUUUAUCGGAAACCAUCGCGAGAAUCGUCUUGUGAGACAGAUCCGGAUGUGAAAUCUUUGCAGGAGCAAAAUGCUGUUUUGCACCGUGUUUGUAGGGCGUUGUGCGCGGAACUAGCGGAUGUCCAGAGAGAAAGGGAGGCUCUGCGGGUCCAACUUGACGCACACUCGACCCCCGUCUAGUCACAGCGGGCUUAGAAAUCUAUGGUCUAGAUUCUUAAUCACUUUGAACCUACCUAAAACACAAACUAAAAUAGCUAUUCUAUUGCGACAAUAAUAUAAGAAUUUUGAAACUUUUAUGAAAAUCUUUGUUCGAUACUUCAAUUUUAUUUCUAUCUAUUAUUUCUAAACGCUGGAUCGUAGAUUCUUCGCCUAUAAAUUUUACUAUCCUUUGUCUGUAAAUAGACAUAUUCCACUAUAAUCGUUUAAUUAAUCUAAGUAAUCUCAUAUUCUUUUGUUUUAAUUCCUAUGAAUUUUAUUUGACUACAAAUUUUAGCUUUUUUUAAGUAUAAUCAUUGCUUAUUGUUUCUCAGUGUUAAAUAUUACAAUUUUCGGUUGACCAAUUUGCCGUCCUUCACAGACUACAGAAAAUGUGUUGUUUUUAUUCAUAUAAAAAUAAAUUUCUUUGAGAGCUAACUCGUAAAUAGUUCUUUGAAUUUAAGAUCAACAUAUAUUUUUUUAAAUCGCACAUUGAAUGAGGCUACAUAAAUGUCAGCAAGCACUUUUUAAUAUUUACUUAACCAAUUAUAAAUGUUUGUACAUUGUCAGCAGUUACAAUUUUAGCAUUAUUCCUCUAUAGAGAUGUAUUGGUUUGAUAAAAUCUACCUCAAAAUUUUUAAUUAAAAAAUCCUUGAGCAAAUGCUAUGCCAAAGUAGAAAAUUUAACAACAUAGUAUACAAAUUGAAUAAAAUACAAUAUUAUGUAUGUUACAUGAUAUGUUUGUAUAUGAAGCAUUUAUUUUGAAAUUUGAUUUCAUUGUACAACAAAUUUUCAUAAUGGGUAGAAGCGCUUGCAUUCCUUUUUAUAAACGCUUUGUGAAAAUUUAAAAAAUCUAAAAAAUAUUAGAUUACGCAUGUGAAUGUUGUAUAUUAAAUGUUGUAAAUGGAUGGACUCAGGAAGGCUAAAAAUGUGAUGUGUUUUACACAAGAUUGUUUUAAGUAGAUAGAUAAUAAUAUUUUGUUUUCUGGAAUUUUGAGCUGGCAACACUGAGCUAUCUUGCUAGCGAUUGGUAGCACAUAAGUAUAGCAUAGUGUAAGUGUGAAAAUGCGUUGUAUAAUAUAUUAAAAUAAAAAAAAUAUUUAUCAUUUACUUUAAUGUUAUGUACGGCCUUCGUGUAAAUACUAUAAUUUUUCCGAAUGCAUUUUCGGUAUCUCGUAGCUUUAUAACACACAAAUCUAUAUUUCGGUCCAAUUUUUUGUAAUCUUCACCAUUAUUAACCUAUUUAUGUUUCGUAUAAUGUAUACAGUAAUGCAUA